UUAGAGUGUAAUAUUUAUGGAUACACCCUGUUCUUGCACAAUCUUUCUCUCUAUUGGUCUGACAGUGCACGAAGGACUUUCAUAAAGGAACAUCCCAUGCUGACAGGAGUAGCCUCAGGCGUAUUAUAGACAAAAAAACUUCUACUUUCAUACUUACUGAGCCACUCAUAUUCAACUUUCCUGUGCUGGUUAGAGCUCAAACACUGCAACGAUGCCUCCACCAGGUGUGUGUAUGAACAUCAUUAAUGCACGGCACAAGAAAGAUGGUUUUGGGACUGUUGCCAACCCUGAGAAGCUUUUCAACCAAGACUUCCAGAUGUUGAAACAGUAUUGUAUCAUCAACCGGGUAAGGUACAUCGACGAUGUGUUCCCCCCUGACAGGGUGUCCAUCGGUAAAGAUGUAUUGGAUCCUGAAGACGUGACAAGAGUGGUAUGGAAGAGACCACCGAAAAUUGCUCCCAAUCCAUGUUUUUCUGUUGAUGGGAUGUCCAGGUUUGACUUUGGUCAAGGCAUUAUUGGAAACUGUUGGUUUCUUGCGUCUAUCGGAGCUCUGACAUUCCAGGACCACAUCCUUCAGCAAGUUGUUCCUCAAGACCAAGACUUUGAUGAGCAGUACUGUGGGCUGUUCCACUUCCGGUUCUGGAGAUUUGGAAGGUGGGUGGAUGUUGUCAUUGAUGACAAACUACCAACAAUCAAUGACAGACUACUCUUCGUUCACUCCAAAGACCCAAAUGAGUUCUGGCCUGCUUUGCUGGAGAAAGCCUAUGCCAAGGUGUGUGGUUCAUACUCAGACAUGAUUGCUGGAACUCCUGCUGAGGCUUUGGUGGACUUCACUGGUGGUGUUCACAUAUGUGUCCAGCUGUCAGAACCUCCUCCACACCUGUGGGAAAUGAUGUACAGAGCUGGCCAAUCCAAGUCACUGAUGGGUUGUGGUACACCAAAGGGGGAGACAUCUGCCAACACUGUACUACCAAAUGGAUUGGUUGAAGGCCAUGCCUACGCUGUCACGGGUGUGAAACAGGUGAUGAGCGGAGGGCAAGCAGUAAGCCUGGUGCGUUUGUGGAACCCAUGGGGCCAAGGAGAGUGGAAUGGAAACUGGAGUGAUCGGUCAUCUUUGUGGCAAACUGUGAGUCGCCAAGAUCGUGAGUUGUGCCUUUCUGUGUGUGACAAUGGGGAGUUUUGGAUGACCCUGGAGGACUUCUGUAGGUUCUACUCGGACCUUGACAUCUGCUGCCUGUGUCCUGACUUCCUUGAUGGAAGCUCUUCGUGCCAUUGGAAGACCUCCUUCUAUGAGGGCAGAUGGGUUGCAGGGACCACUGCUGGAGGAUGCAUGAAUAAUAGAGAGAGCUUCUGGACUAAUCCACAGUAUCGCAUCAGGAUUGAAAAAUUACUCGAUGAAUGUUCCUCAAAACAAGGGGAAAAAAACAUGCUGGUGUCUCUCAUGCAAAAGCCUGACAAGAGGAACAGACGCCUGGUCCAAAAUCUUCACAUUGGAUUCUCUGUGUUUGAGCUGACUGGACAAUACGCGGGACAUAGGGGGAAGUUCCCAGCCUCUUUCUUCAGCAGCCAUGCACCUGUGGCCCAAACCAAAACCUACCUGAACUCACGUGAGGUGAUGGAGUUCAUAACACUGGAGCCUGGUGAAUACCUGAUUGUGCCGUCCACCUUCAAUCCCAAUGAGACAGCCUCCUUCAUCCUGACCAUCCUCUCCAAGUCAGAGACCCACAUCCAUGAGAAUUCUGGUGGUGGUCACGAACAUAGGGAAGGGGAACAGCACACACCAAGUGGAGAAGGAGGGGAUGAUGAGAACAAGAGAACCUUCUUCCGUCAAUUCUCCGACAAGUAUGAAGAGGUAGAUGCUGAGCAGCUCCAGAGUCUUCUAAAUGAUAACAUCCUAAAAGGAAACUUGAAAUCUGGAGGCUUCACCAUUGAUGCCUGUCGCAGCAUGGUUGCUCUGAUGGAUACGUCAAUCACUGGCAAACUAAAUAGUGAGGAAUUUGUUCGUCUCUGGAAGAAGAUCGUCAUAUACAAGGACAUUUUCUUCCUCACCGACAUUUCACAAACAGGAACACUGUCACUGAUGGAGCUCAGAAAUGCAAUCAUGGCCUCAGGAAAAACGAUCAGUGAUGAAAUGCUGAAUCUGAUGGCCCUGCGCUAUGGUUCUUCCUCUGGAGUCAUAACACUGGAGAACUUCAUCAAUCUAAUGCUUCGCUUCGAAUACAUGAACAAAAUCUUCAGACAGUUGUCUGAUGGAACGAUCAUGACACUACGUGAACAAGAGUGGAUGUACAUUUCUAUGUACACCUAAUCUGAAAGAGAAGACGGACUGCAUUUGGACUUACAUCAGCAGAUGAUGUGAAAAAGAAAACGAUUUCUGCAAAUGAGCGUUAUGUGGUAUAAAACUACAGGGCUUUUACUUUUGACUUUUAGUUAGAGAUGUUACAAAAACUGUGUCCUCACUUCAUUUUUUUUCUUUGGAGCAGUCCAAGCAAUAUCAAUUAUACAGGUGUUGGUUUAUUCAUUUUAAGAUUGGUGUUAAUGGUGUUAGCUAUAGCUAAUUAACUCCUCUCUUGUUAGAACAAUGGCUUAAAUGUAUCACUGAUAAAAAAAUAGUUUAAAAAACACACACUUUAGGACUGUUUCUCAUGACUGCUUUGUCAUUCUACAGUAACUCAGGUCAAACAUGUUAUAUUUGUUAAAAAUGGCAUGUUUAUCACUGCUGGAUCUUUUUUUUAGUUAGAACUGAAUUAGUAGAUUGAGAGCACGGUAUUGAAAACUGAAUUAGGUCAUGAACACAAAACAUUAAUGAUUUGUUUCCUAGGUAAUAUAAUGUGAAAUGCAGUAAUGUGAAAAUGCCACCCAUCCUAUAAUACAAAGCCAAAGUACUAUACAUUUUUAAGCCUCAGUGUUAAGCUCUCUUAUGUUCUCCAUUUAUUUUAUGUGGGUUAUUGCAUUUAUUGUUAGAUGGGAACAGUGUUUUUUAACCACGUUAGCAUGAGUGGUGCACACAUUCAUGACCCCGUGUGGAUAAAUUGUAAUCACUUUGUUCUUUAAACUUUUCGUAUAGUGCCAUAAUCAAGUCAUUGUCAAAAUUACACUUUGUCUAGUACUUUCUUAGCAUGCUGACAAAUGUUAACACCAGAGCACCACUGUGUAAGAGUGACCUCACACAGCUGCUAGCAUGGCUGGAUUCUCAGUCACGUUAAGCAUCUCUCUGAUGGGAUACUGUUACUUUUUAAAUGGGUUACUACAUUUUCUUUUUUGGUGGGAAUAAUACAAAUAAAAGCAUUAUCCAAACUC